AUGUGCACAACGCAGGCGGCUCGCCUUUCCCCGCCAUGGUGCGAGUUACCCUUCACCACCCUGGUGACGGACACGCUCAUUCUGAACCCGUCGGGGCAGCUGGUGGGGGUGAUUGGCGUUUCGGCGGACAUAAGCGACAUCAAGCGCAAGGAGGGCGAGGUCCGCGCGCUCAACGCAGCGCUGGAGGAGCACAUUGUGGAGCGCAUGGAGCAGCUGCAGCGCAACAGUGAGGUGCUGCGGCAAGAAAUGGAGGCGCUCCUGUCUGCGGGGAGCACCUGCAGCUUUGCAUCAAGGACUUGGAGCAAUCGAGCAGCCGCUGGUGCUGGUGCUGGAGCAGAUGGUGGCGGGAGCGAGCGCGAAUCGCGCACGGAGGCGGAGUCCGCCAACCGCCUCAAGUCGCGGAUCCUGGCGCCCAUGAGCCACGAGAACCGUACCCCCAUCGAACGGCGUGCUCGCUGCCCCCACCUACCUGGAGUGUAG